CACCAUCGGUGUCGGUCGGCGUAGAAAAGUGUCGGCGCCCCGCGGCAUGGCCCGUCGAGUGUGGGACCUCGGUCUGUUCUGCUGUCUGUUCCCGUUGCCCAGCGAGCAACGUUCCGCGUGAGAGUCCCGCACACUCGUUGUGUCCACGAGAACACUUUCGCCCGCGCCCCACUGACUUUGGCCUUUCCGCGAUGCUGCUCGGGGCAGUGUCGCUGCUGCUGGUAGGCCCCGUGCUCGUCGCCGCGGCCCCCGCCGCCCCGUGGCCCACCAAGGAGCCCCUGACCGCCGUGCCCGACGACGUGUGCCGCGAGGACAAGGACAAUUCCGUCGGCGCCGGCCCCGCGACCGCCCUCAGGCUCGCUCUUAACCACCCGCUGUUCGACUGGAAAAAAGGCUUAGUCGCCGGUAUCACAUAUCAAGUGCAUGUGGAACUUCAGAAAAGGACGGAUAGGCCGUUGAUGCUGCUGCUUCAGCUCUCAGAUGGAUCACUGGCUUCUUUUGAAACGAAACAGGACAAACUUUGGCCGGCCUGUGGUGACGGGGUUUUGGUCAAUGUGCCCCCUGACGCUCAGCACAUCCGCGUCGCGUUUACCUUUUCGCAAGCACCUCCCACUGCCAAGAAUGUCACAUUUAGGGCGAGUCUUUUUGAAGCCAAGUCGCCGCUGGACCGGAGGCAUUUGAUCGCCGCAGCCAGAGUUGAAAAUCUCCUUAUACCAGGUUGUGCCCUGACCUCCCUGACUGACCACGGCAACAUGAGUUGGACAGCGUUGGAAGGGGCGUCUGCCCUGCACUAUGACUGCCACUUUACCAUUCCAAAACCACCCUUGCGCAGGGGUUUGGUGGUGACGCUGAAACGCCUCAACAUCGCCGGAGCCCCCGGAAACUGCCAAGACGGCUACCUUCAGGUCGGCGACGGGCACACUCUGUGCGGCAAGUUGGAAGAGUUAAGAGGCACGAGCAUCUACCUGCCAGAGCCUGAAGGCGCUGGCCUCGAGAUCAGGGUGCACGCUGCCACCCAGCGAGGCCAUCCGGUGCAAUUCGAGUUCAGUUUCAGGGCUGUUGAUGCUUGCUACAACCUGACACUUACCAAGCAAAACUCCACCUUUGUCUCUCAGGUCACUGCUGACCUGAGCUGCUCGGUCAGGUUACACGUGGCCUACGGCUACAGGGUGGCCCUGAGUCUGGAGCUGCGUCCAGCGGAGCACAACGACGUCUUGGAGUCAAGCGAGGGUGACAUCUGGGACGAGGUUGUGCUCGACGACGAGUACAACAAUGAAGAGGAGAUUUUGUGUCCGGGACUGCAGAUUCGUGUCUCCGGCCCAGACGGCGAGUACUGGUCCCAGUGCGCCUCGCAGGUGGGCCCGGUCGUCCGUCUCAUCGGCCGCUCGAACCAGCUCCAAGUGAGCGUCACUACGGUCAGCUCUCUGGACACCAUCGCCCAGCUGCACCUCAGAUACUUUUCCAUCGCACGCCCGGAGCUAACCGACGACUGUCCCGGCUACGGAUGGGUCGGGUUGUCUGAGUCAAGCUGCGCUUUACCGCUGAUGGACAGGGCUCUUCCGUGGGCCCAGGCCGCAAAGGAAUGCACCAGAAAGGGAGCCCACCUGGUCAGCGUCAACUCGGCCCAGGUGCAGGCAAACUUAGACAACAUUUUGAAACUAAGCCCUGGCUUUUCUGACGAAGGUGCCUUCUGGCUUGGAGCCUCAGACAGAAUCCGCGAGGGAAGCUUCCGCUGGACUGAUGGGCAGCCACUCUCCUAUUUCAACUGGUUUCCUGGUUGGCCUGAAUUCGCGCAGUACAACAAGCAGCCGUCGGACGACGGGCUCAGCGAGCAGGACUGCAUCGAAAUGCGCCGUUCUUUUCUGGUGCCCUCUUCUACCCUGCCAGGGUCAGUAAGCCCCACCCUGAGGAUGACUCCCACCCUCAUGUGGAACGACCGCGACUGUGGUGCUUCCAACCUUUUCGUCUGUGAAAUUCAAAAGACUGGUGUUGCAGAGUCGUCAGAAUCUAAGACUCCGGCAACGCCCAGGCGGGAAGAAUCCUGCAACCGAAACAUCACCCUAGGUAGGGACCUUGGCUUGAGCCCGUCAGCUGUGGUAACCAGCCCUGGCUUCCCCCACUCAUACCCUGACAACGCGCGCUGCCUCACCAGGGUGUUCGCACCUCCAGGGCACCACGUGGUUAUCGAUUUUGAGGAGCUAGUACUGGAGAAAGAACCAAUGUGCAGUUACGACUACUUGGAAAUCUCUGAACCAGACGCAGACGUGCCUGCUCGACGUCUGUGUCACGAUUGGAGCGGCAAGCUCAAGCUUUUGCGGCACAUAAGCAAAGGGUCAGAGCUGCAGCUGCUCUUUUCCUCUGAUUACUCGCAUCGCUUCGGAGGAUUCAAGGCCCGCGUUUUCAUGGAGAAUGACAAGUUUGAGUGUGCAGAGAGCCGAGAGAUUAAGUACAACAGCUCGUGCUACCUGUUCAUCGGAUUCCCGGAGGUAACGUGGACCACAGCAAGACAAGUCUGCCGUGGCAUCAAUGCUGAGCUAGCUAGCGUGCACGACAACGACGAACAAUCUUUCCUCACGACAGCGUUGCGAAAUUCAGAGCAAUACUCAGCAAACUCUGUCUUUUGGCUCGGCGGCCGCUUAGAGGCAAACUCGACACAGCUGACUUGGUCUGACCAGAGUUUGGCCUCUUUCACGGCUUGGCCUGCGGGCGUGCAGGCGAGCAGGGAGGACCGUUGUCUCGCGGUCGGAUGGCAGACCGCACCCACAGUCGGAUUAUCCAGUGGCCUCUACUGGCAAGCACAAAGGUGUUCGCUUGUCGGCGGAUUUGUCUGCCAACGCAGAAUUCAAGAUCUACCAGGCGCUCUGAGCACCAACAAAACGGUCGAGGGAACUUCUGGAUUGCUGCAAUCUCCAAAUUUUCCUCAAGCCUAUCCGGCCAACGUAGAUUAUUGGGUCAAAAUCACUGCGCCAGCAAACUCAAGGCUUAUUGUCUCAUUCAAGAAGAUUGAUUUGGAGCCUCAGUCCGAGUGCCUGUAUGAUUUCAUCGCGAUGUGGAACUACGAUGAGACCGAGCCAGCCGAAACUGUCUGUGGCACAAAAACAGAAGAAGAGCUCAAAUUGUUUCGGUUCGUUUCGACAAGCAACCAGGUCUUGGUUCACUUCCGUUCGGACUUUUCAAUCUCAGGGUCAGGAUUUGAGCUAGAAUGGAAGGCCGUCCCCUUGUUAGGCUGCCCAGAGCAGACCCUAAUGGCCAAUGAGGGCAAAUUUAAAUCACCAAACUUCCCCGACUUCCUGCUCACCAAUUUAGAUUGCACAAUCAAUAUUUUAGCGCCAGAGAGAAAACGAGUUUGGUUCCACUUUGAAGAGUUUCACGUUGAUCCGGAGUUCAGCAACGUGGAAAUCUCGCUAGGCAACGGAGCCAACUUUCAGCCGUUUCAGCUCAAGGCCGUAGCAAGUGACGGCACAUAUCUGUCCGAGGGCGAGUCCCUGCAAAUCAGGCUGAGAACCUCGGCCUCUGAAGCUGUGAUGAAAAGUCGCGGGUUCAAAGCUGUCUAUUGGGCGGUGGACCAAGUAGAUGAGGAACAGUCAAUAUACAUAGCCCCAAACCAAACGGCACUUCUGUUGCCCCUGAAUUGGCCAGAGAUGUCACCAGAAUCUGAAGGGAACUUUCGAUUUGCUCAAAAACUGAUCGCCCCAAUGGGCUACACAAUCAGACUGACGCUGUUUGGCCUGCAAGUGGCGCCAAAGGAAAGCGCCGAGUCUUGCUUGGAGGUGCAAGACUUUUACUCGGAGGCCAACGGCACUAGCUGGUCUCUUUGUCGUUUUGACAACGCCAGCACCCCAGUCACACUGACUUCGUACCUGAAUAUGCUGCUCAUCACGCAGGGAGGCGGAGAUCUCCUCAACGCCACGGUUUCAGUGGACAACGAUUCUGGAUUAAAACAGAAACUACUGCUGCCGUCCUUAGGCUCAGGAAUAGACUCUUGCACGCCUGACCCGUGCCAAAACGGCGGCCAUUGCAUCGCAGCCAACAACAACAAGCACAAAAAUCGGCCUAAUGUGUGCCGGUGUCCAGGACAUUUUACAGGUCCGUUUUGCGCACUGACAUUGUGUGACCUCUCGCCGUGCAUGUUCGGCACGUGCGAACUGAUUACGGGCAGCUUCAAGUGCAACUGCCAACCGGGCUACCGCGGCACAAACUGCGAACAAAAGCACCGGCCCUGUCUAGACAACCCAUGCGAGGGGAGGGGGGACUGCUCUGAGCGUCCCGGAGGGGAAGGUUUCCUGUGCAGAUGCCACGCUUGGUGGGAAGGAUCGCGAUGUGAGCGUCGCAUGAUCAAAAUUCCGUUCAAACCGCUGUCGGAGCGGAUGCUGCAGGAGCCCUUUUGGUUAGGGUUGAUCACUGUCAUGAUAGUGUUAGUUUGCAUUGGCCUUGUGUGGUGUGCUAAACGACAUUUCCCUGAGAAAUUAGAGAAGUUGUUAGCGGAAGAGGCAGAUCGUUCUAGACCUAGCUAUGCCUUGUCUUCAUCGGCGUCACUGUCCGCCCCUGGCGGCGCCGGUGGCAUGGGCGUCGCCUGCAGCCCAGUCGGGGCGCCAAGGAACUCUCUGCUCGGCCGACUGGGCAUCAGAAAGCCCUCGCUUCUCAGCCUAGCGCCAUCCAGUCCCAAGGAUGGCUCCGCCCCACGCACUUUCAGUCUAGAUGACCUGCUCAGACGAACCCCAAGUCCAAGAAAGAAACGAACCAAUUCGACCCCAACGAGAAAGCCGCUUGACAAGAAAAAAAUUCUGCAGCAACUGGUCACGCCAACUGGCGGAGGCAGCACCAUGUCAGUUAACUCGGCCGUUGAAGUCUCUAGAAAGGUGAGUCUAGGUGAACUCAUCCAGAUGAGUGACAAAAAUAGGCGGACCAAAAGUGAAGAAGGACCUUCCCCUGCAGAAGCCGAAACCUCCCUUGAUGCAGACCCUAAAUUGGAAAAGAAGGUGACAUUUGCCCGUCUUCUGGACAAAGUGUCAGCUGAAAUGAGUUCUGGAUCAGGCUCCGGUUCUCCUCCGUGUGGCAAAAAGCUGCACGCUCAAGGAGCAGUGUCUCAACCAGACAGUGGCAGUGAGGACGUGUCCACGACCUUCUCAGGGUCUGACCCAACACUACCCUGCACCAGUCGUCGCUUGCUACCAACGAAGAACACUCGUCUCUCUCGCAUGUCCAGUGCAGACUCUAUUCUUGCCAUGUUCAGGACCACGUUCAACGCCAGAUCAUCGCAGCCAUCAACACCGUCCAGCCCGCAGGAUGUCAGCGCCGACGAAUCGUCACCCGGUCCAACGCCUGCGUCGUCGAGCGCCCCUGACUCGCCCAUGUCCAUUCAUCUCUCGACCAUUGAAGUUCCAGUCAUUAGCUCAGGUGGGAACAGUUCAUCCCUGCAGCAUCCACCGACCAUCCUACUUGAAAUUCCCACCAUCGAGUACGGGAAAUGCUUGUCGCCGAUCAAAGAGGUGCCAACCCCGAUCCCGUCGCCAGCGCCAACUCCCUUGCUCGCACCCCGGCGCAACAACAGCAAAGAGCGCGUUGAUGAGGACGAGGCCCUGCGCAUCGAAGUGCUAAACCCCAGUCCAGUCACUUCGCCAUCGUCCACAACGUCCAAAUCCCUACCGAUGACCACCUAUCCGGCCCUCCUUUCGCCCAGCAGUGCCAAACUGCCGAAGAACAAACCCCCUACCAGUUUGCAGAUCCCCACCAUCUGUUUCCCAGACGACGACUCGCCGGUCAAUCCCGUCGUCAUCCCGAUUCUUACCGUGCAGACGCCGUCGCCACCAGCACCAAUGCCAACGGGGUCCCCGCCCCCGCACAGCAAACGCGGCCUCUCCUCCAAAAAGCUCCUGCGUGACCUGAUGGCCGACAAACCUGGUUCUCUGGAGCUGCCGGGCGCCCCUCCCGUCAUCACCAUCACCAACACCCUGAGCGAGAUAGAGAGCGACAUUGACACGCCGGCCGUGGGCGCCAAGGCAGCCGUUCAGGGGCCAAUGUGCUUCCUCAGCCCGUUCGCCAUCAAGGGCGCGGACCACCGCACCGCCAGCGAGUCCAACCUGAGCUCGUCAGGGUACAGCUCGAUGGCGAGUCCGGGACCGUCACGCUGCGGCUCCAGCAACCCCCUGUGCCCCUCCGAGCCAGAGGAAAUCCUCACCCCUGCGGAACGGGGCCGAGAGGGGCCUGCGCCACCUCCGAGGAAGCCGUCCCCCCUGCUGCGGACCCCGGCCAUCCAGCCACCGGAAGCUCAAGAGGCUUGCCCUGAAUCCAACGAUGAGGGCUUCGGCACCGACCACCUGGAAGAAUGCAAACUUAAGCUGCCGUCCAUUGUGGUUGAGACUGCCGAAGGCGGUGCACUCCUAAGCCCCGUCAGCUCGCGCAGCGAGAGUCCCCUGAGCGACAGAGUGACAGGCAUGGACCGAUUCUCGCCCCUGUUUUACCACAAAUCAGAGCUUCCGUACACGGACUCGGACGGCCUGUACGACUGUCCGAGUUCGGAGGUGGCCAGCGGCAAGCAGAAGAUUGGCGGCAGCCAAAAGAAGAAGGUGCGUCGGCCGAGCUCGGCGUCCCUGGUUUCCGCCAGGGGCGGCUCGACGCUGGGCGGUUUGCUGGAAGUGCCGUCGGCCAAGGAGCCGUCCUUCUCCUUACAAAGGUGCCACAGAAAAAGUCCUAAACGCCGCGCAGCGCGUAUUGCACCUCCUAGUAGCUCCUCCUCCUCAGAAAGUUUGAAUUCGUUCAGGGGCAACAGAAGCAGUCCAGCUAAAAGAGCCAAAGACGCCACCAGCCCGAGCAAGGUGUCCAAGGCAGUCGCUGAAAAAGCUGCUGCCGAGGUGCGGGAAUCAUCUUCCAAAGAUGACCAGACGGGUGACAACAAUAAACUUUGGAACGGUCCUCCGUCAACGUCGGUGACGCGGGUGGCGAGGAAAAUAUCAAGACUGAAAACAAUUAGCCAUCAAAUAAGUCUUUCCUCCGCUCAGGUUCCUGCGGCGACUGGAGCUGAGCAUACGCCGGCGCGACGACCCGCAGCAGCAGACCCCGACGGACAACAGCGUGGACACCGAGCUGUCCUCUUCCGCGUCCAGUCCGACCCUGCCGACUGCGCCGGCCGCCUCCAUAUUGCGCAUGAAAGCGCGCGCGCUCGCCCGCCGGCAGAUCCCCACGCGGAUCCACUCGCGCUGCGAACUUGCCACCUUCCUGCUCGGCGGCCAAACCCACCAGGACUCGGACUGAGCGACACUGAAAACGAAUGUUUGGUCUAAAGGUUUUAUUUCCGUGUUCACUUUGAUAUUUACCACUUCACCAUGCUCUUGGGUGGUUUUUACUCUAAAUAGAUCCGGCGGGCAGAGGAGGGGAACUUUUCAUGAAGUAUGUUGUUUAAAUUUAAUGCAUUUUGUUUUUCACAAUUAAAUGUCGAAGACUUUUUAUCCGAAAAGAUCGCAAAACCUAAUGCCACCAACCUCAAAUAAAUAAGCUUUUCCUGUUGCAACAUCUGUGAGGCAUAAAGAUUUUCCACUUUUAUGGUGAGUCAAUUUCUGCUGCUCUUAAUUUUUAUGGGAGAUUAUCCAUUCCAAUAUUCAACUUUUUUACUACAUAAACCCAAACGUUUUUAUAUUAAACUUUUUAAAUUAUUAAUGGUUUUGAAUUUCAUCUCGAUCACAAAUGUUCUUUUUACGAUGAUGGCAUGGAAGAUGUGGAUUAUAUGUACAUAUUAAUUAUGGAUAUCAAUGCUUGAAAUUAGUUUAUGGUGUACAAAUAUAGUCUUGAUGAUGACAGAAGAGCUCAAAAAAUGCUCAUAACAAGACAGGACACUGUGGAAAUUAGUUAAAAACUGGAAGAGGAUUGAUAUUUUUGUAAACAAAUAUGAAUGGAAUUAUAUUGUACUCUGAUCAAAACGAACGCAGAUAUUUUAAGCAAGUUUGACUGCGCUGAGGCUUAUUGUUCUAUUUUUUCUGGAAAGAGAUAGAGACAAGAUGUUUGUGUUAUGAUUUUGCUCACAAAAUUGUACGAGUGAUAUCAUUAAAUUGUCUCUAGAGCUAAUUAAUAAGAAAAUACUCGAACGACUGCGCAUACCCUGCAAUAAAAUCUCAUGAUUAUUCUGAUGCUGGGAACAAAAUAAAUGGGAAUCAAGCAAAGCAAUUUUAAAAGCAGAUGGGAAAUUCUAAAGGAAACCUUGAUGGAGAAACGUUGCUAUUUUACACAGUGUUGACUUCACUUUUGAAAUUUUGAGACGGCAUUUUCUAACCGACAAAAACCAUUCUGCGCCAAGUGUAACUCUGAAGUGCUCUGAAUAAUGUGUAAAAUUGAUGUUUUUCGAGAAUCUACUUGUUCCAUGAAAGUUGUUUGCGACUUUAAUUUUCUGUGUCAUAAUAAUAAUAAAUUUGUUUGGCAAAGCGUU